AUGGCAAAGAAGAUCGAUGCAUUGACUAUGAAUCAAGCUCAAGAGAGAAAAGGAACAUUGCCAAGCCAACUAGAGAUGAAUCCAAAAGGGAAGGAGAAAGAGCAAUGCAUGGUAAUCACUCUCCGUACUGGUAAGGUGGAGAAAACUGUUGCUGACCUAGAUGCUAAAAAAGCAAAAAUUUUGCAAGAAAAGAAGAAGUGCAUCAAAAUAGGGGAGAAACAACUAGAUUGGCCAGAUAGUUCUUUUUCUGCACCUCUAGUCAAGCCUUAUGUGCCACCAAUUCCAUUUCCUCAAAGAUUAAAGAGCGCCAAGAAGAAUGAGGAUCAAUUCUCUAAGUUUUUGGAGGCAUUUAAGAAGAUUCAUGUGAACAUCCCCUUUGCCAAAGCCUUAGAGCAAAUUCCCAGCUAUGCCAAAUUCCUGAAGGAGAUCUUACCCAAGAAACAGAGAUUGAAGGAGCAUGAAAAGAUUCAAUUAACUGAAGAGCGUAGUGUCAUUGUACAAAGGAAGCUCCCAAUUAAGCAAAAUGAUCCAAAAAUUUCACAAUCUUGUGCACUAUAG